AUGCGUAUGCAGCGUACGCAAUGUGCACAGUGGAUGCUGUGGUAUCGCCUGGUCCUGUUCGCCUGGACCGCGGUCCUCAUCGCCGGGGGCGCUGUCGCUUGGAAAUUCAUCUCGGAGCGCGGCUUUCAUCUUCCAGCGAUUCCAGGCAGCCAGUACGACAAAGAGGAGCAGUCGUACCUGGGUUUCUUCGGUGAUGGUGUGGAUGGGGCUCAGGCUGCGCUGGUGCUUGGCAGUGAUUCCCCAGUCAUGGCGAUGACCAACGUAUCUACCUGUCAGAUCAAACCAGCUCUGCAACAAGUUGGGAGCACUGGAAACACUUUCCAGUUGGAGUUGUCCUGUCAGAAUGAGUCUGCACCUGGCGGUGGAUGUAUCACAUCUUCACAACUCAGAAGUGAAGUGUACUCGCUGGUGAGCAUGUUCAUGUCCAACAUGAUGUCGCCAGAGAAUUUGUCUCACUUCCUCGAGCUACAGGUGGAACCAAUGCUGGAUGCUGCUCCGGAGAUGUUGGCUUGUCCGCAUGUUGAGGACACCUUUCAAAAAAACCUGGCAGAAGCAUCUUUCCAAGUGGAAGAGUCCCUUCGCCAGAAAAUGCCGAACUGCGACUUAGCAGUUCUGUCUUUCUGGUCUCUGCCUCCUCAACAGUUUCAGCGCAACUUGACCUUUGCAGAGUUCAAGUUUGAAGUCACGGUCACGCUCCCGGCAGGAAGCUUUUGGAAUGUUUUUCAAAAACUGCUCAGCUCCAAAAGCCAAGAACAAAUCAUGGUGGCAGUUCGUGCGCACACAUGCAACGGCUUGCCAGUUGCUGACUUCUCACAGGAGGCUCUUCAAGUGGCCAACAUUCUGAAGGAUGUUGCAGAGGCGGCAGAGGGCAUCGACGGUACCAACUUGAAAGCCGAAGUGAUGUCCUUCGCCAUCAUCGUGGAAAGUAUCAGAGAUGGGGUUGAAGUGGUGAUGGCCAUGUCAACAGGUACCCUUCCCCUUGGGAUUGCGGUCUUGGCAUACAUGGUGGGGAACCCGCGCUUGGUGAUCAUUGCCAUCAUCAAUGUACUAGCUGCCGUCACAGGUUCGGUGCUAGUCAUGGAGUGCCUUGUAACCCACCUGAUGCCGGUGAGCAUUUUCACGCCGCCCUUCUUGAUUGCAGUGGUCCUGUCCAUGUCCAUUGACUAUGCCUUGUUUCUUUUGAGCAGAUUCCAGAAGGAGACAGCAGCAGGUGCAGCAGCAGCUGAAGCCAUGGCUAUCAGCCUUUCCACAUCUGGCCGUAUCGUCGCGCAAGCUGGUGUGAUCUUAGCAUGCUGCUUUGCCUGCUUACUGAUGACGCCAGUGCAACUGGUCAGUGCUAUGGGAGCAGGUGGGCUUGUGGCGGUGGCUGUGGCCAUGGCGGCCAACCUCACCUUGACCCCAGCUCUGAUUUUAGGAACGCGACCCACUUUCUGGAUUAGCAAACCCAAUGCACCUUGUCGACCUUGUCGUCAAGCUCCAGAGGGAGAUGCUGAAGCACCAGCAGGUGACGAAGAGUUGCAUGUUCCCAAUGUUUCCAUGGGCUUUUGGCGGAGAUUUGGGGAGCGGUUGACGAGCUGUGCCAAGCCUCUUCUGUUCUUGAUUCUACUCUCUGCAGCCCCUUGCGUUUGGAAGGACUCGAUGCCUUCUUCAGACAUGUUGGGUUUCACACCAGCCCUUCCACAAGGCUCGUCCACAGCCAAAAUCUUCCACAGCAUUGGUGAAGAGUUUGGAUAUGAAGUUCUUUUCCCCACAACAAUCGGGCUGGUGGCUCCAGCUGAAGUGAGCCUGGAAGCGUGGAGGCUCCAGGCUUGCAAGGCUUUACAGGAGAUUGGGGAAGAGGUGUACAGAAGUGACUUCACGAGUUCAACCACCGUCCCACCCCAGACCCCACACCGACGACAGUCAUUCAGUGAGGCCAACCGCACGCCCCUUGCCGCACAGUUGACUCCGUUCCCAGACCACUGCAAGUCUGUGCAAGCACACGGGCUAUACUACAUUGUGCCUUCCAUGAUGUUGCCCUUCCUGGUGGGUGUGGCCUUGGAUUAUGACAUUUUCUAUACUGAGGCAGUCUUGGAAGAAUGCAAUGGUGGCCUCCCAGUGAAAAAGGCUGGCAUCAAAGCGCUUGAGAAGACUGCCAACAUCAUCACAGCAGCCGGAGUGGUCAUGAUAAUAGCCUUUUGCCCACUCCUGCUUUCUUCAACGCUAGUCUUGAAGCAGAUUGGUUUCAUGGCAAUUGGUGGUUUGUCUAUCAGUGCUUUCUGGAACACCAAAGUGGCCAUGCCCGUGUGCUUGCACUUCUGCGGGAAGCACAGCUUUUGGCCUCGGAAUUUGGAGAAAAAGCAGCGCUGCCAGCAGCCAAUUGAUGCCAUUUUCCUGGGGCACCCUGCCUACCUGGUAGAUACGUUUACCUGGUUGACCUCGCCUGACACCGAAAAGCCAUGGAGCGCAUCGUGGUGGAUGUACCUCUUCCUUCCUGUUCUUUGGCUGCUUGGUUUCGUUGGGGCGCAUAUCUUGAGGCGCCUUGGCUUGCCAAAUCAUGUUGUUUUGGAUGACUACGAGUACAACGGACUUCAUGUCCAGACUUGGGUGGUUCUGCACUACGGCCGCCACUUUCGCAACUCUUUGGAACUUCAUGAUGCUCGACGCAACGUGAGGGCAGCAGCCAGCAGGGCUGAGAAGACCGGCGCCCGGGUGCUAGGAUUAGGUGCGCUCAACAAGGCAGAAUCUUUGAACCGUGGAGGCCUGGACUUGGUUCAGCACUUGCCUUUAAGCCGAAGCAUGUGUGUGACUCAUGGAGAUCAUCUCACAGCUGCUGCAGUGGUGGAGAAUGUGCUACGGCUGGUCGCAAGGUUCCCUGAGUUUCGGGAGAAAAUCUUCAUGACCGGAGCCACGGGGAAGACCGGGAAGGCCGUUGCGCUGGCCUUAUUGCGCCGCGGUGUCUCCGUGAUGUGCCACAGUGGCAGCAAGCAAAGACGAGAUGAAUUGGAGACUCAUGGGCUAGCCACUGCAUCCCACCUGCGUGAUGGGGCUGACUGCGGCAUGUGGAUUGUGGGUAAAUAUGACCAGUUGGUGAACCAAGUCAUGCCUCUAUCUGCUGUUGCCUGUGUCUUUGCGGUGCCAAAUCCAGUUAAUCCAGUGUCCCGCUCAGAUGUCAUGGUAUAUGCUGGUGCCACCAUGCAGAUUGAUGAGUCGCGCUUGAAAGGACAACGAGCAAAUCUGAAGCUCUUACGCCAAGAGAUUUAUGCAUGCAAUGCAGCCACCCUGCUUCUUGCAUCAGGUUCCAAGCAGUUCGAUGAUUUGGGUGAAGUGGAUCCACUGACAUUGGAAGGCUACCUGGAGGGGGCUGAAUCCAUUGGCAUCACUUUGAAGCCUCUUGAAGACUUGCAUAGUAAGGGGCGGUAG